CUGAGUGCGAGUGCAUACUCCGUCUCUCCGUCGGUUUCCAACUCGAGCUGAGCUCUAUUCGGCAAUCGCUGGUUUAUAGCUGGUUUGCAUGGUCUGCAGACCUGCUGUGCGGCCCUCGAUCCACCAAACCUUGUCCACCCCACUCGGCAAGUCCUCGUAUCCCUCGUACGUCUAACGGACGCCCGUCAUGACGAUGUGCCUGCGCAGUCAGCCACCGGGCGAUCAGGCGAAUCACUCCCAGGCGAUCAGCGACUCCCCACAGCUCACAUCCCACAGCCCACAGCCAUGCAUGCAUCUGCAUGUAAUUAUCGAUCCCUUGCAUCCCUCUCGUCACCAUGCUGCGCCGGCGACUCCGCUCCGUCAGCCCUCACUCUACUGGCCUUGAAUAUCCU